AAACUUGCUUUUUAUUCUUUGGGAGUACUAUAAACAUACUACUACGUACUACUCAAAAUUAUUACAGUUCACCCAAGGAAGCUGGAGAUUUGAAAUCAUCGAUUGAUACCAUUGAUUGCACAAGACAUGCUUGUUUGCUACAUGCUACAUGCUACAUGCUUGUUUUACAUGGAAGGGAAUGAGCAGGGGUGUCUUCUAAAUUUCAACAAAGUAAAGGACUGCCGAAAGUAAACGCGGUGUCUGCGAAAAGCUAACAAACACAUCGGAAAUUACUAUCCAUGCUAUAAUUACACCCGACCGAGGUGCACCCAAGAAAUUUUGCAUGGCGUAGCUGCCUAGUUUUAUUUGAAAUAAUCCACGACCAACUACUACACUACAAGUAAUGGUUUUAUUUAACAUAUGAAUAUACAUAUUUGAAUAACAAAUUCAAUUUUCAUAUAAUUUUAACUAUGAUACGGCGCAUAAGGUCAAAAUUUAUUUUGGAGCGUAAUGUUAAUAAAGUGGUUUCGAUAACUCCGAGCGUUAUCAAAAGACACAAUUUCAGCCAAGAAACGUUCUCGACUGGUUUGCAUAGGAUUAAAACACCAAUGAAUGCAUACUAUAACCAUUUCACAAGUUUGAAAUUACCAGAUAAUAAGAUAUUUGCCACAUAUGUUUGGAUAGACGGCAGUGGUAUUACUUUACGUAGCAAGGAUCGUGUAUUGAAUGAAGUACCGACUGAUUUAAGCAUGGUCCCGAAAUGGAACUUUGAUGGAAGUUCAACAGGCCAAGCUCAUACUGACAACUCAGAUACUGUAUUACUACCAGUCGCUAUAUAUUCAGACCCCCUUCGGCAAUGCCCUCACGUUAUUGUACUAUGUGAAACUUAUUAUAGCGAUGGAAGCCCUACUCCUACAAAUCAUAGAGCUACUUGUGCAGAAACUCUUAGCAAAAUCUCAGAUCAAGAGCCUUGGUUUGGGAUAGAACAAGAAUAUACGUUAUUUGAUUCUGAUCUAUGGCCUUUGGGAUGGCCUAAAGUUCGUGGAUAUCCCGUUACGAAAGCCAAGUACUCUUACUGCGGUGUGGGUGAACAUGUCGCAGGAAGAGAUUUGGUAGAAUGUCACGCUAGGGCUUGCGUGUAUUCUGGUAUGGAUUUCUGUGGUUCAAAUGCAGAAGUCAUGAUGGGAUCUUGGGAAUACCAAGUAGGAACAACGGCGGGGAUAAAAGCUGCCGAUGAUUUAUGGGUCGGACGAUAUUUGCUAACAACGAUUGCCGAAAUGUUUGGAAUUAUAGUAAGCUUUCACCCGAAACCUAUGGGAAUGAAUCAGCCUGGCAUUGGCUGCCAUCAUAACUUUAGUACAAAGAAAAUGCGAGAUGACGGAGGCUUAGAAGAAAUUGAAAGAGUUUGUGAUGUAUUGUGUCAGAAACAUGAAAGUUACAUGAAACAUUACGGACUUGGAGACAGUCAAGAAAAUCGAAAAAGACUGACUGGAAAAUUCGAAACUGCUUCAUAUGAAAAUUUCCGAUGGGGUGUUGCUGAUCGAGGUGCUUCCAUUAGAUUACAAAGAAGUGUUCAGGAAGAGAAGAAAGGCUUUUUAGAAGAUCGGCGACCUGCUGGUGACUGUGACCCGUACAGGGUGUGCGCUCUUCUAGCUGAGGCGUGUAUUUGAGAGUAAUCUUUUGUUUAAGUAAUUACGAAUCGGAAUAAAUUUGUUUGUGUUUA